UUGGGAUAGCUGUUCUCUCUCUCUCUCUUGCUCGCUCUUGAUCUCGUCUCUCUCUUGGCUUGCUUGUCAUUCAUCCAUCCAUCCAUCCAUCCAUCCAUCCAUCACUCUAUCACUCCUUGGCAUCGCUCCUGGUCCCUUUCUAUGCCCCCUUCUACCACUCUUAUCGCCGCCGAGGCUGCGCACAAACCGCCGAGACAUCCAGCUGGACCCAGCAGGUUAUCACACGAGCUCUCCGCCGCUCGUCGCUACGGUCCUACUGCGUCCUCGGCGCCCGUUGGACCGAACGCCGCUCUGCUCGGAUCACCAGCUCAAUCCGUCUCGGAUAGACCACCACCGGGACAUGAUGGCGGUGCCCCUUGGACUUCGGGGAUAGAUUCGAAUCCUGAGGCGGAUGAUUACCUGCAUAAUCCUGAUCCAAAGAGGGAUAGAAAGAACGAUCGCGCUGGAACAGUCUUCACUUCUCGCGGAGUCGUCAACAUUGGAUGUCUCUCCCUUCUCCUCGUCGGAAUCGUCACCUUUAACAAUGGAGGCUUCAACCUGGGAGGUAUCAAUGCCUCGGGUCAGGUUCCGUUGAUCACCAACUUUGCGACCGUGAUCGACGAGGAUACGCCACAGUCUGCGAUGACGUACCAGGGAUACGAUGGAAAGACGUAUGAUCUGGUCUUCUCAGACGAGUUCAACAAGGACGGAAGAACCUUUUUCGAUGGCGACGACCCGUACUGGACCGCUGUCGAUCUUCACUAUUGGCCCACAGGUGAUUUUGAGUGGUACGACCCCUCGGCUAUUACCACUGCGAACGGUUCUCUGGUCAUCACCAUGACACAGGAGCCUAUUCACGAUCUCAACUUCAAGUCUGGAAUGCUUCAGUCUUGGAACAAGAUGUGUUUCAGUGGAUCCGUCUACAUUGAAGUCCGACUCUCACUCCCUGGUACACCUGCCGUCGGUGGAUUCUGGCCAGGUGUUUGGAUGAUGGGAAAUCUCGGAAGACCAGGUUACGGAGCGACAACGGACGGCAUGUGGCCAUACACUUAUGAUUCGUGUGAUAUUGGGACGUUGAAGAACCAAACAGAGCCGGAUGGUGAAGGACCAGCUUUGGCAUUGACUUCGGGCAACACGGGAGGCAUCAUUUCCUACCUGCCUGGUCAACGUACUUCUGCUUGUACGUGUGCUGGAGAAGAUCACCCAGGUCCUUCUACCAAUGUCGGACGAGGUGUUCCUGAAAUCGAUAUCAUCGAGGGUCAAACAGAUUUGUCCUACAGCGGUGGAAGAGGUCAAGCCUCUCAAUCUGCUCAAGUAGCUCCUUUCGACGCGUAUUACCAAUAUGGAAAUUCGACUCCGGAGAUUGACCAGUACGAUUUGGAUAUCACGAAAUGGAACUCGUACAAGGGAGGAGUGUACCAAGAAGCUGUUUCGAGUUUGACUUAUAUCAGUCGGGAUGAUUAUCAAUUGACAACGGGAGGCUUCUCGAUCUUUGGCUUUGAAUACUAUGCCGACUCGAAUAACCGAAACGACGGAUACAUUACUUGGGUCGCGGACGGUCAAAAGAGUUGGACCAUGAACGCUGCGGCGGUCGGACCGAGGUCGAAUAUGGGCAUUGGGCAGCGAUUGAUUUCAGAGGAACCGAUGGCUAUGGUCAUCAACUUUGGAAUGUCUAACAAUUUCCAAACUGUCAACUUUGAUGAUCUCACUUGGCCGGCUCAUUUCCUGAUCGACUAUGUGCGAGUGUAUCAAACGUCUGAUGGCGAGAUUGGAUGUGAUCCUGCCAACUAUCCCACCCAGAAUUACAUCAAUGCGCAUAUGAAUGCGUACACGGAUCCUAACUUGACUAUCUGGAGUCAAGCGGGAUACGGUGUGCCGAAAAACUCUCUCAUCGACACUUGCUAGAUUGUUACCGUUGUUGUGGAGAGGGACUCACGGUGGAACCUCCUGUUUUCGUGAUGGACAAGGGCGGAGGCAGACCAAGUCAGAGAGGGAGAGCGAGAGAGGAUGGACAGAGUAGGAGGACCGACACUGCACAAUCACACAUGGACAUUUUUUAUACAUCAAAUCUCUCUGAGGGUUUUUAGGUGUGGG